CCGGGAGUAAACGAACAAAAGCUUCCGGUGAAAAGUAGAGGUGAAGUUAUCAUUGAUUCUUUGGCCAGUGGUCCGAGCUCGUUUCCAUGGCAACUUUUGGGGUUCAGGAACAAGAGCGAAUUAGUAUGCAUCAGCGCGUAGGUACCCCAGUGCUUAUCAGUUGUUGGAUAGCUGUUUGUGUAGGCAGCCAAAUUCGGUUUCAACACUCUGUGACUGGAUGGAAAGUACAUAGCAACGUUAACAAGUCGCAUUUCUAAAAAAUAUAAAUCAUUAGUUAUAUAUAUGUGAAUAAGUAAACAAAUUCUUAUCGAACUCCGAUCGGGAACAGAAUUAAGAGCCGCUCCCUAAUUUCUUGCUGCUAUGGUGCAAUAAUUUCGCGGAGACGAUGGCAUAUAGGAUGCUAAUAACGUAUAAUUCAGCGAGUGCCACCGAGCGGAAUAUUUAUUUGGCCUGGUUCCUGAUCUCCGACCUUAUAAUGUUCUUUGCGCUGUCUGUGUCGCUGCCAGUGAUUGGUAACGCCUCAGCUUGUAAGACUAUUAGUAGCUGCGAUCCAUUCCUGCCAGUCUGUGCGGCGUCAACAAGUGAGCACCAGUUUUUCUACAGCCACUGUGAGAUGUUGCGGGAUGCCUGCCUUACGGGCAAGGAUUGGAAAAUGGACUACUUCAGCCACUGCAAUGUCAGUAAGCUCUAGCCCUUUCGGAUACGUUCGACUUGCACACAAUUAACUGAAUCAGAACAAACAAGUUCAAACAAUUCGAUUUGUGUAUAUACAAACAUUUAUAAUAAAACGGCUUUUAAGUCUUAACUGUA